AUGAUGCCCCGCCUCGCCUCCUGGCGCGCUGCCAAGGCGCAGCGCCCGCUCCUCAACAAGCCCAGAGCCGACAUGACGGCGGCGGCGGCUAAUUGGGGCGUCGCGUGCGACGGGGUAAGCGGAGUCGCGCCCCGCUUCAACCCUGAGGACCUCUCGUGGGACUUCCGGAACUGCCUCCGCUUCUUACUCCGCCAGCGGUUCCACUGGGCGGGCGACAAGCAAGAGUUCGACGCCCAGGUGGUCCGCGAGAUCGGCGGCGACGUGCGGAGCAUGGCCACGGACGCUUCUGCGGCGUGGGCGGCGAGGUUCUUGCAGCUCGCCAUCCAGACCACCACGUUGCACGGCUCCACCACGGUCGGUUUUUUCUCUGUGUCUGGCACCAAGAUGGCCUACUGCCACAUCGGGGACGUGUCCAUCCAGGCAUGGCACAAGUCGGCUCUGACGGGACGCUACGCGCGGCUAUUUAUCACCCGGGACCACCACGUCCGCAUCGCCACGGCUUCAGGCGAGGUGAUCGGUCCGAAGCAGGUCGCGUUUUUGCCUGGCGUGGCCAGGGUUGGCGUUGAUCUGGAGCGCGCCGUGGCACAGGCCGACUACGGCACCGUCAAUUUGAACCCGGGAGACAUCAUCAUCUGUUGCUCCGACGGCAUCGUUGAUAACGUGCCUUACGAGAGCUUCAAGGUCAUACUCACAGGCACCGAUGAUGACGUUCACGCCGCGGCCGACCAGAUGGUCAAGUGCGCGCAGCUGCACGGCGCGCCCAAGCCCGACGACAUCUCGAUCGUGAUCGGCGUCGUCGGGCGCGCGUGA